AUGUCUAACCAAGAAACCUAUGAAUUUCAAGCUGAGAUUACUCAAUUGAUGAGUUUAAUCAUCAAUACAGUUUAUUCUAACAAAGAAAUUUUCUUAAGAGAGUUGAUUUCUAAUGCAUCCGAUGCUCUUGACAAGAUUAGAUACCAAUCUUUGUCUGAUUCUAAGGUUCUAGAAACCGAACCAGAGCUAUUUAUCAGAAUUACCCCAAGACCAGAAGAGAAGGUGAUUGAAAUCAGGGAUUCUGGUAUUGGUAUGACCAAGGCAGAAUUGAUCAACAACUUAGGUACUAUUGCUAAGUCUGGUACUAAGGCAUUUAUGGAAGCUUUAUCUGCUGGUGCAGAUGUUUCUAUGAUUGGUCAAUUCGGUGUUGGUUUCUACUCUUUGUUUUUGGUCGCUGACAGAGUCCAAGUUAUUUCUAAGCACAACGAUGACGAACAAUACAUCUGGGAAUCCAAUGCUGGUGGGUCAUUUACCGUUACAUUGGAUGAGACCAACGAAAAGAUCGGCAGGGGUACUAUUUUGCGACUAUUCUUGAAGGAGGACCAAUUGGAAUACUUGGAAGAGAAGAGAAUCAAGGAAGUUGUAAAGAGACACUCUGAAUUCGUUUCCUACCCAAUCCAAUUGAUGGUUACCAAGGAAGUUGAAAAGGAAGUUCCAGUUGCCGACGAGGCCAAGGACGAGGACAAGGAAGAAGAAAAAGAUGAAGACAAGAAGCCAAAGUUGGAAGAAGUCGAUGAGGACGAAGAAUCUAAGGAAGAAAAGCCAAAGACUGAAAAGAUCAAGGAAACCGUAAAGGAACUAGAAGAGUUGAACAAGACCAAGCCUUUGUGGACUAGGAAUCCAUCUGAGGUUACCCAAGAUGAGUACAACGCUUUCUACAAGUCUAUUUCUAACGACUGGGAAGACCCAUUGGCCGUCAAGCACUUUUCCGUUGAAGGUCAAUUGGAAUUCAGAGCUAUCUUGUUCAUUCCAAAGAGAGCUCCAUUCGAUUUGUUCGAAUCCAAGAAGAAGAAGAACAACAUCAAGUUGUAUGUCCGUCGUGUCUUUAUCACUGACGAGGCUGAAGAGUUGAUUCCAGAAUGGUUGUCAUUCGUCAAGGGUGUUGUGGACUCCGAGGACUUGCCAUUGAACUUGUCCAGAGAAAUGUUGCAACAAAACAAGAUCAUGAAGGUCAUCAAGAAGAACAUUGUCAAGAAGUUAAUUGAAGCCUUCAACGAGAUUGCUGAAGACUCUGAGCAAUUCGAGAAGUUCUACUCCGCUUUCGCUAAGAACAUUAAGUUGGGUAUUCACGAAGACACUCAAAACAGAGCUGCUUUGGCUAAGUUGUUGAGAUACAACUCCACCGAAUCAACUGAUGAACAAACUUCUUUGGCUGAUUACGUUACUAGAAUGCAAGAGCACCAAAAGAACAUUUACUUCAUCACAGGUGAAUCUAUUAAGGCUGUUGAAAAGUCUCCAUUCUUGGACGCUUUGAAGGCUAAGAAGUUCGAGGUAUUGUUCUUGGUUGACCCAAUUGACGAAUACGCUUUCCAACAAUUGAAGGAGUUCGAGGGUAAGCAAUUGGUCGACAUCACCAAGGACUUCGAAUUGGAAGAGACUGAAGAAGAGAAGGCUCAAAGAGAACAAGAAAUCAAGGAAUUCGAGCCAUUGACCGUUGCCUUGAAGGAAGUUUUGGGUGACCAUGUCGAAAAGGUUGUUGUAUCAUACAAGUUGGUUGAUGCACCAGCUGCUAUUAGAACUGGUCAAUUCGGUUGGUCCGCAAACAUGGAGAGAAUCAUGAAGGCACAAGCUUUGAGAGACUCUUCUAUGUCUUCUUACAUGGCUUCCAAGAAGAUCUUCGAAAUCUCUCCAAAGUCAGCUAUCAUCAAGGAGUUGAAGAAGAGAGUUGAAGACAACGGUGCCCAAGACAGAACCGUUAAGGACUUGACCACCUUGUUGUACGAAACCGCUUUGUUGACUUCUGGUUUCACUUUGGAAGAACCAGUUUCUUUCGCUACCAGAAUCAACAGAUUGAUUUCCCUAGGAUUGAACAUUGACGAAGAUGUCACUGAAAGUGCUGAAGGUGCUGAAGCAACCGAAGGUAAUGCUGACGCUCCAGUUGAGGAGGCUGCUCCAGAAACUGAAAUGGAAGAAGUUGACUAA